ACACUACCCAAAAGACAUAGCGAACUAUGCAACCGAACGUCAUGAAAACAGGAAAAUGAGAAGAGUACUCUCCACCAGGAUGGAAAAGAAUGUGUGGAAGGGGAAUUACUGUAAAUCAGUGUAGAUGGGAGUAGGGAUCAGCAAUUUUCAUCUCGAUGGACGACAGAAGCGGUGGUGGUUAGUGCGGGUCAUUAAACAGUGUCGAGACUCUGUUUCCCCGUUCAUUCCCGUGUAUUGGACACAUAUAAUGGAACGAGCGAUGGAGCAGCUAAAUGUACAGUUGAGUCGGCUGACGCGCUCCCUCCGCAGAGCCAGGACUGUCGAACUCCCUGAAGACAAUGAGACUGCAGUCUACACACUUAUGCCCAUGGUGAUGGCUGACCAGCACAGGUCAGUAUCAGAGUUGCUGCUGAACUCCAAGUUUGACGUGAACUAUGCCUUUGGGCGUGUGAAGAGAAGUCUGCUACACAUUGCUGCUAACUGUGGGUCAGUGGAGUGUCUUAUUCUGUUGCUGAAGAGAGGAGCCAACCCUAACUACCAGGACAUUUCUGGCUGUACUCCUCUUCACCUGGCUGCCAGGAAUGGACAGAAGAAGUGCAUGGGCAGACUGCUGGAGUACAACGCAGACGUCAAUAUCUGCAACAACGAGGGGCUGACGGCUAUCCACUGGCUGGCGGUGAACGGCCGCACCGAGCUGCUCCAUGACCUUGUGCAGCAUGUGACCAACGUGGACGUGGAGGACGCCAUGGGACAGACGGCCCUCCACGUGGCCUGUCAGAACGGACACAAGACGACGGUGCUCUGUCUGCUGGACAGCGGUGCUGACAUCAAUCGGCCCAACGUCUCCGGGGCAACGCCACUCUACUUUGCUUGCAGCCACGGCCAGCGCGACACGGCCCAGAUCCUCCUCUCUAGAGCCGCCAAGUACCUCCCGGACCGCAACGGGGUCACGCCACUGGACCUCUGCGUGCAGGGUGGCUAUGGGGAGACAUGCGAGAUCCUAAUCCAGCACCACAACAGACUGUUCCAGACCCUCAUCCAGAUGACCCAGAACGAUGACCUCAAGGAAAGCAUGCUCAGGCAGGUCCUGGAGCAUGUUUCCCAGCAGAGUGACAGCCAGUACCAAAGAACCCUGACAAGUCUGGCCGAGGUGGCCACCACCAACGGACACAAGCUCCUCAGUCUCUCCAGCAGCUUUGAGGCGCAGAUGAAGAGCCUGCUGCGCAUCGUUCGCAUCUUCUGCCACGUGUUCCGCCUGGGUCCGUCGUCCCCCGGCAACGGCAACGACAUGGGCUACAACGGCAACAAGACCCCCCGCAGCCAGGUGUUCAAGCCGAUGGAGCUGCUGUGGCACUCCCUUGACGAGUGGCUGGUGUUGAUCUCCUCCGAGCUGGACCGCAACGGGAGGAACCCCUCCUCGGCCGCCUCGCCCAGCAGCGAGAUCGCCUCGCUCCUCCUCAAGCAGCGCGAGGCCAGCGACGGCGCCGCCGCGACCACCGCGGCGUCAUCCCCCGUGGACGCUGACGUCAACGGCGACGCGGCGGACCCCGACGCGGCGGACCCGCCGGUCGUCAUGGAGACCACGGAGGCGUACGGCGACGGGGAGGACGUGAUCUCCAUGACGUCGAACCGCCUCAGCGCUGUCAUCCAGGCGUUCUACAUGAGCUGCUCUUGUCAGAUGCCGCCGGGAAUGACUUCGCCGCGCUUCAUUGAGUUUGUGUGCAAGCAUGACGAGGUGCUCAAGUGCUUCGUGACCCGGAAUCCAAAGAUCAUCUUUAACCACUUCCACUUCCUGCUGGAGUGUCCCGAGUUGAUGUCCCGUUUCAUGUUCAUCAUCAAAGGCCAGCCCUUUAAGGAGCGCUGCGAGUGGUUCUACGAGCACCUGCUGGCGGGGCGGCCAGACAGCGAGAUGGUCCACCGGCCUGUUAACGAGAACGACAUCCUGCUGAUACACAGAGACUCUGUGUUCCGCAGCAGCUGUGAAAUGGUGUCCAAGUCCACCAAUGAGAAGCUCAAACAAGGCAUCGCCGUCCGCUUCCACGGCGAGGAGGGCAUGGGUCAGGGCGUGGUGCGGGAGUGGUUCGACGUCCUGUCCAAUGAGAUCAUCAACCCAGACUACGGGCUCUUCACCCAGUCGGCUGACGGUACCACGUUUCAACCCAACAGCAACUCGUCGGUGAACCCGGACCACCUGAACUACUUCUGCUUCGCGGGGCAGGUCCUGGGCCUGGCACUGUACCACCGGCAGCUGGUUAACAUCUACUUCACGCGCUCCUUCUACAAGCACAUACUGGGCAUCCCGGUCAACUACCAGGACGUGGCCUCCAUCGACCCCGAGUAUGCCAAGAACCUGCAGUGGAUCCUGGACAACGACAUCAGCGACCUGGGCCUGGAGCUCACCUUCUCGGUUGAGACGGACGUGUUCGGAGCCAUGGCGGAGGUGCCGCUGAAGCCCGGCGGCACCGGGAUUCUGGUCACCCAGGACAACAAGGCCGAGUACGUCCAGCUGGUGACGGAGCUGAGGAUGACACGCGCCAUCCAGCCCCAGAUAAACGCCUUCCUGCAGGGGUUCCACACCUAUAUCCUCCCCUCGCUCAUCCAGCUCUUUGACGAAUAUGAACUGGUAAGCCCUAGGACCCCGGGGGGGGCAUCCUGCGGGGGCUGUGCUGACCGUUUCCCUCUCCCCUUCCCCCUUUCUUCUGCCCCUGCGCUGGCCCGCCUCCACCGCCUCCACCGCCUCCACCGCCUCCACCACCUCCACCACCUCCUCCGGCGGAUGCUGUGGUCACGCAGCAUCAACAUGCUGAAGCUCCCAGAGUACCCCAGCCAGGAGGUGCUGAAGGAUCGCCUGCUGGUGGCGUGUCACUGUGGGAGCUACGGCUACACCAUGGCGUGACUCCCCUACCCCCCAAGCCCUCCCCCCUUGCUGCCUCACCCACCCACAGGGGGGGGAGUCCAGGGGGCAUACACGCCGCAGGAGAGGCGUUUCUGCAGGAGGGAGAGGGAGCGACGCGACGGCCGCACCUCCACCACCCACCCCUCCCUUCCUUCCUCCCUCCCUCCCUCCCUCCCUCCCUCCCUCCCUCCCUCCCUCCCUCCCUCCCUCCCUCCCUCCCUCCUUUCCCCCCUCCCUAGUUCUCCCGCACCACGUCCCCAUGCCUCUUGUCCCUGAUGAGGGAUCCCUCUGGCUGGGGAGCAGCGUGGACCGAGGUGGGGGAGGAGGAAGAGGAAGAGGAGGGGGAGGAGGGGGAGGAGGAGGAGGAGGAGGAGGAGGAGUUCUUCAAGGUAGAGAUGAAGAGCUGUGGCAGAUGGACCUAAAAGGCUCAUCAUCAUGACAUACCUGUGGACACACCUUCCUCCCCACCCCCCACACACGCACAUGCACAUGCACACGCACACGCACACCAGGACAACCUCCAACACCCCCCCCCCCCCCAACUAAAUAGCAUCCCUUCAACCAAUCAGCCAUCUUUUUCUGAGAUCUUUUUGGAGCCACUCUCAGCUUUACCUUAAGACAAUGUGCAUUGCUGUAUGAGUGUAUGAAAUUGUAUUGACACUUUUUUUGGCCUUUGCUAUUUUGAUGGUACUUUGUGUAGGAGAGGCAAUGAUACCUUUUAAGGUGUGUGUUUGUGUCACAGCCUGCUGUAAGAAAGGCCCCUGAGCAGAGGAACAAACGUUGGUUCUGGUUCGCCCUGUGUCGACUGCCUUGCUCUGUAUUGCUGUAGUCAUUUUGUUUUAUCACUUCCAGUUUGACUUGAUUGACUCUCUUGUUGUAUCAGUGCCACCUCUGUGUCUAUGGCCUUGGACUGAAACAGUGUUUCACAUUUCUCAGUACACCUUUCUGCACUGGAGAAUUUCCCAGGACCCUGACUAUGGCCUGCAGUGCCAAAAAAGUUUAAAAAGCAACUGCUUUUUUUUUAUCUGUUGCAGUUUGCAGUUCAUAUGUGUUUUGAUCUACUGAAAGUUAUAAAAUUUUUACAGAAGGGGACCGAUAUAAUAUCAUUAUGAAUGUAUUGCUGCAAAAUAUCACCUUGAACAUCUUUUUUUUUAAUUGUGUAAAUAUUAUUUUCAAUUUCUGUUUGUUAUCCAACAGUUAUGGUUAUUACGAAAAAGGGACCUUGAUGUUUAUGCAAAAUUGCUUCAUAUACACUAAAUA